CUCGAUUAGCGCGCGCCGCUUUGCAUUGCACUUUUGUUUCCGGUCGCGGUUGGACUGGUAGCUGCGCUCAAUAUCUAUUAGAUUAGAAACGUUGGAGGCGCUUGGGAGGCUCGUCGGCGACGCGGCGGGUGGUUGCGGGGGCGCGGUUUGGCGGGAAGUGGCUUCCCAAGGGCCUGGCUUGUGCGUGUGUGGCUGCGAUUUGAGCUGCGUGCCAGUGGAGCUCUCACCGAAUUGCCGGUCCAGUUGCGCAGCGCAGCGCUGCAUCUUGAACUGUCUUGUGGUGAGGGCAAGGGGCAGGGGCGCUGCAGGGCCCUGCCUGGAGCAUCAGCGUCGCCCUUUCCCCGGCAUCCCUUUCGUCAUGGGACCUCUCGGGAACGCCUCGGUACUGCUCAGGGCUAUGGGGUACUGGCAGCCCUGUCAUGCGGUGCCCCACACGCUGGCGGCCGCAACCGCUGCCAGCGACUCCGCUGGUGGGCGGCGGCGCCGCCGGAGUGGGUGCACCGGGUGGCUCGGGCCAGGGCUGCGGCUGAGCGCCUGCGCAGGCGGGCUGUGGAGCCGGCUGCGCCGCUGAUCGAGCUAGCGUGCAUUGCGUGCAAAUCACGACAGGCGCACUGUUCCGCAUGGGUCGGCAGCCGGGCGCACGGCCAGCCUUUCAGGCAGGGGAGGCUGCGGCACGGUCUGGCGCAUGCAGAGUUGUGUUCGUGAACAUCAGGUGCCCGGGAGUCGCCCCUGAUGUAGAUUCGUGUGCAUGAAGCAUCCUUGCAUGCGUGUAGUAGUUACCGCGGGUAUUGCGUGCGGCUGUACUAGGGGGCACAAGGACAGACAAACGACACGCAUGAAUCCGCGGGCUGUAUGUGUGACUGGUGCAGCUACAGCCUGCGCGUUUCCAUUCUUUCUGUGUAAUCUGCCCCAGGC